AUGGAAACGGCCACUAUAAUAGAAAAUAGAACAACUACGGCGUAUAAUUCUCAGAUAAAGGUGUAUUUUAAAAAUACCAUCGGAAAAGGCACAUUUGGGCAAGUCAAAUACUGUGUGGCAAAGGUAAAUAACAAAACUAUUGGUUUUGCAGUAAAAAUCAUCGACAAAAAAUCUUCAGUUUUUCAAUGCAACAAAUCAAUGGUAAAACGUGAAAUUAUGAUUUCAAAAAAAGUUGAUCAUCCAAACCUAAUAAAGUUCAUUAAAAUUAUCAUACAUCGUCAUUACGUCUACAUGUACAUGGAAUACUGCAAAAAUGGCGAUAUGUGUAAAGUUGUUAAAAAGUACGGUCCUUAUGUGGAAUAUGAUGCAUGUUUUCUAUUUUCUCAAAUCGUCGCAGCAAUCGAGUACCUUCAUAGCCUGGACAUCGCGCAUAGAGAUCUUAAGCCAGAAAACAUAUUACUGAAUCAUCGAAAUGAAGUAAAAGUGGCCGACUUUGGGUUGUCAAAUUUUUGCAGAGAAUCGUUCAGCAAUAAACGAACAUUGUCGCUAACUCGCUGCGGUACAAGGAUGUUUAUGCCACCGGAAGUACUAAUGAAUUACAAUCAUAACGGAUAUAACGCUAAAUUCUUCGAUAUUUGGUCAAUGGGAGGCGUGCUGCAUUAUAUGUUGACCGGCCAGGUGCCGUUUGACGACGGCCGUACUAAACAGAUUGUCGCGCAACAGGUGUCGGGCGACAUUGUUCUCCUCCGACCGAUGUACAGGCGAACCGUUUCCUCGCCGGCCAAACGGCUUGUACGGCACAUGCUCGAACCAGACGUACUAAAACGGGCACGCAUCGCUGUCAUCAAACGAUCAAAAUGGAUGACGAUGAUGGCUUGA